CCGCCCCCUGCCACUGCCGCUGGCUGGAAGAUGGCGAACGUGCAGCUGGAGUUCCAGGCCAGCGCCGGCGAGGCGGACCCGCAAAGCCGCCCUGUGCUCGUGCUGGGCCAGCUGCAGAACCUGCACCGCCUGCACUGGAGCCAGCUGCAAGGCAAGCUGCAGCCCAGGGUCUCCGAGGAGACAUGGCAGGCCGCAUUGAGCACCCUGAACCCCAACCCGACCGACAGCUGCCCCCUCUACCUGAACUACGCCACUGUAGCAGCUUUGCCUUCCCGGGUCAGCAGGCAUAACAGCCCAUCGGCUGCCCAGUUUCUCACACGGCUCAUUCGCAACUGUCUCCCGGGAGGAGUGAACAGGUGCAUUCUGAUGGUCUGUGAGCGUGCGGAAGUCUUUGCCUCGGCUUGUGCAAUAGCGAGGGCAUUCCCACUGUUCACCCAUCGUUCCAGCGCAUCAAGACGUACGGAGAAGAAAACCGUAACUGUGGAGUUUUUCCUGGUUGGCCAAAACAAUGGCCCAGUGGAGGUGGAGACACUUAAAUGUCUGGAAAGCGCUACGGAAGGAGUCCGGUUGGCUGCUCGGAUCGUCGACACCCCGUGCAAUGAAAUGAACACAGACAGCUUCCUGGAGGAAAUCAGAAAAGUUGGGAAAGACUUGGGGAUCGUUCCAACCGUUUUUCGCGAUGCAGAGCUGAAGGAGAAAGGAUUCGGAGGUAUCUAUGGCGUUGGCAAAGCAGCCGUGCACCCACCAGCUAUAGCUGUGCUCAGUCAUACCCCGGAAGGUGCCACACAGACCAUUGCCUGGGUUGGGAAAGGCAUCGUCUACGACACUGGAGGACUCAGCAUUAAAGGGAAGACGACGAUGCCUGGGAUGAAACGGGAUUGUGGUGGAGCAGCUGCUAUUUUGGGAGCCUUCAAAGCCACCGUGAAGCAAGGCUUUAAGGACAAUCUCCAUGCUGUUUUUUGCUUGGCCGAGAAUUCAGUUGGACCGAAUGCGACGAGGCCUGAUGAUAUCCAUAUUCUUUACUCGGGAAAGACUGUGGAAAUCAACAACACUGAUGCUGAAGGCAGGCUGGUGCUUGCGGAUGGAGUUUCAUAUGCCUGCAAAGACUUGGGGGCUGACAUCAUUCUUGAUAUGGCCACUCUCACUGGGGCUCAGGGAAUUGCCACAGGGAAAUACCACGCGGCCGUCCUCACCAACAACGAAGAGUGGGAAAGGGCAUGUGUGAAGGCUGGCAGAAACUGUGGAGAUCUGGUCCAUCCUCUCGUCUAUUGCCCUGAACUUCAUUUUAGCGAAUUUACCUCAGCUGUAGCUGACAUGAAGAACUCUGUGGCGGACCGUGAUAACUCCCCAAGUUCUUGUGCUGGACUCUUCAUCGCUUCCCACAUUGGGUUUGACUGGCCCGGCAUCUGGGUCCACAUAGAUAUUGCAGCACCAGUCCAUGCAGGGGAGCGUGCCACUGGCUACGGAGUUGCUCUGCUGCUCUCCCUCUUUGGCCGAGCCUCCGAAGACCCUCUCCUGAACAUGGUGUCUCCCUUGGGCUGCAACGGAGACUCCGCGGACGACGACAUGGAGAGGGAUUCCAAGAGGCGCCGUUUGGUUUAAAGUCUCCGCGCCCCUCGGAGACGGCACACUGGAAUUACCUCACAUUGCACUGACGUGUUCCCAAAACGGUGAAAAGUACCACGUGUCGGAAAUGACCAUUUUAAAGAGAGAGAAAAAAUAAUCAUCACAAACAUUUUUGAUUACCCCUCUGAUUCUGGAGAAAUGCCGUAUUCUGCAUUGCUUUGAAAACAAACAGACAAAAAUGCUUGGGUCUCUACCACAAAUGUAAAGACUGUGCUGCCUACAUUCUUUACCAAGAAAGGGCAGGGAAGGUUUCUCCUCCUCCGUGUCCUUUUCAGAAGUAUCUGAGCCUAUCAGUGCAACCGCUUAACUUCUUCUUGCUGAUAUAGAGUCUUCAGAGGUCGGUCCAGGGCUUCUAAUUUCCCCAGGGGGUUUCCUCAGCCCCUCUGCCUUUCGAAAUAUGAUUGUACAGGACAAAAUUGGGCUGCCACAUUCUCCCCUGGCCACCCCUGAGGCUUGGAGGCGAGGCUUUUCCGGGCCACAUUUUCUCUCUGUUCCAUCACCUCCCGUCCAGCCUACGUGGGAGUCCUGUUUGCCACAGCAGGUGAGGGAAGAGGCUAGAAGGCCGAGCUGCCAGGGGAGCGGGUGGGAGGAGCUGCAGCAGCCCUCCGCUCGGGUGGGAGGGAUUUAAAGUUUGCAAGGCUGUCCACACUGCCAGAGGGCAUCCUUGAGAGAGGACCACUUUGGGCUCUGCUUUGGUCAGCAGCAUUUCGUUCCCCAGCAUGGCACUCCAGGAGGCCUUAUUUUCUUAAGAAAAGGCUUUUUUAAAAAAAUCCGUUCUUGCAUGUUCAGAUCUUUUUCUGAUCUUCAGGAUCACCCAAAGAGUGAUCAGGUGCAUUUCUCCAUCACAUUUUUACCUUUCUUCUGCUAACAAACUGUAUUAAUGCUUAGAUAUGAAAGUGUUUAUCCUGUAGGGAGGGGGCAUCACCGUAAUAGAAUAAAAUCCUUCU